GUGUGGACUCAACCACCGCAGAGAUAACAGCGCUGUUGGCCCUUCGCUUCGGCAUCGCGGCAUCGCUGAAAAUACCCCGAGACGGGAUGAGGUUACGUGCAAAGGCACUGACCAAAUCACUCGAUUGGCCUAUCCGAAUCUAUCCUGAAUGCUCUGAAGAAUACAUCAAGGGCCAGUCGCGUAGGUUCAGGGAUCAAUAUCCUGAUACUUGGCGAUAUAUGCAGGAUGCAAGUUCACGCCGGGACUCAUCGUGGAACCUACACCACACCGGUGUUACUCACGAUGCCGAAAUCGCGGUGGGAUGCCGGCGCGCGAAUGGAAGCGUUGAAUUCAAGCUCGUAAGUCAGCUUGCAUUCCGCAUUGAGGAUGACGAGAAAAGCCAGGAACGGAGCGUUCUGAUGUCAGCGUAUUUUUGCCUGGCGGGGGCUUGGGUAGACGUUGGUUGCUGGCAACCCACUCAGGACCGCAUGGGCAAGUGAUGCCGCGUCGGACACGCGACGAAUCCGGCGCAGAAUGGAGGCGUGAUACGAAAACUGCUGGUGGCUGAACUUGACACCAACGUAAUGUUGAAGGUUGUGCGGCGGCAGAAGGGAGCGUUGUGGCAGACGUCCAGUUCUAUGAAGAACAAAGGGUGGGAUGCGGGACGUCGUGGAGUGGGUGAAAAGAAGGAUAAA